AAGGUUUGACCCGACAUCAUCAGCCCUUAUCAUGCAAUACAACGACUGCGGUUGUGAAAUGUUAUUUUGUAAUCUUGCAAAUUCAAUACACUCGCCACGCAAGAUACGCCAGCAAGCAACCUCACUUUCAACCCUUUCCUCUGAACGAUCUUCAUCUUCAUCUUCUCCUUCCAAGUCCCUUCAUUCCGCAUGACGAUAUCAGAUUAGGGUAGGUAUACACAAUACUCUCGCGAUAAACGCCCCUGGGACCCUGACACCACCGACAGGCACAGCAUGAUACCUGGCUGUCGUCUGUCAGCGACUGCGACUACCGCCUGCACGCCCGCUGCACGGACCCCCUGUACACGCGCAGCCAUGGCUGGGGGAGGGGCGGGAGUGGAACCACCCACCUUCACUCAGGUGGCCACCGUUGGGUCUGCACUCGCAAUCUUUGCAACUGAUAAUCAUUUGCCUUGAAACCGUGCUUGAGCCUCAUCACGAGCCUCGUCGUCUGUGCUAGAGACUUGCUUGCUGUUGGCUUGACGACUGGAUUGUUGUUGUUGUUGUUUGUGAACGCGUGUUCUUCAAAGGUGGACUGAACUGACUCUUCAUGGAUUGAUCGGUUUCGAUCUGAAGAGUUUUGUCUAGAAAAAAACCCAUAGGUGGCAGUGACUUGUGUUUAAAAAAAAAACAAGGAUGGGAGAGCUGUUGAGUUGUUAUCGCUUCCUGUUGAAGUUCGCGAGAAAUGAUUGAAAACUGAGACAGUGGAGGGACUGUUGGGACAGGGGGAUGCUUGUGCUCCACACUGCUUUCUUGAGGACAGGUGCUUUGUUGACUACAGGUGUUUUGUUGACUACUGUGAUUUUUGGUUUGUCUUCCGAGGAACAUUUGCAUUUCCCACAGGAUCAUUACGUUCAGAUGGUCAUCUCUUUCAGAAUCGAUAACUGAGCAGACGAGAUAACUGACAGCAUACGGGCAACACGUUCAUCUGUGGAGUGACUGUCAUCGACAGACGACACCGUCUCCUCUCGACAUCGCCCGCUCUCCUCCCUCCUCGCUCCUCCCCAGCGGACAUCGUUUAACCCUUUGACCUCUCCUCGUCAGGGGACCUCAGCCAGGCUCGCCAAUGCAUGAACAAGUGAUGGCGUGUUUCGGCAGCUGCGUCGACGCAGGGGGCGCCAGCCGUUACUAUGACAACCCAGAAGCGGCCAAGCAGGCGCGGCUUCGCGACAAGCAGCUGUCCAAACUUUUACACAAAUACCACAAGGAGGAUCUCAAGCGCCUCAAGCUCUUGCUCCUCGGUACAGGAGAGUCAGGCAAGAGCACCAUCACCAAGCAAAUGAGAAUCAUCCACAUCAACGGUUUUACUAACGGAGAAAGAAUUACGAAAAUAGGCGAUAUCAUCAGAAAUAUUCGAGAAUCCAUACUGUCCAUCGUGGUGGCCAUGCAUCAGUUUCAAAUGUCGCUGGAGAAGGAAGAAAACCGACAGAGCUACGACUUUAUUCUCUCCACUGCAGGAGACCCCGAGCCUGACGUCACCGAGGAAUUCUGGGACCACGUGCAGAGGCUUUGGGCGGACAGAGGUGUCCAAGAAUGCCAUGACAGGUCGUACGAAUUUCAGCUCAUGGACAGCGCCAAGUAUUUCCUCGAUAAAGUUCCUGAAAUACGGCUACCAGGGUACAUACCUUCUGACCAGGAUAUUUUGAGAUGUCGUGUCAUCACAACGUCCAUCCAGCACAUAGAGUUUGACGUUCCUGACGCCGGCCAGCACGUCAGAUUCAGUGUGUAUGACGUGGGUGGACAGCGAGGGGAGCGCAAGAAGUGGAUCCAGGUGUUCGACAGCGUGGUGGCCAUCCUGUACCUGGCCGACAGCAGCGGCUUCGACCAGACACUGAGGGAGGACCCCAGUAAGAACCGACUUCUGGAAACACUCGAGAUUUUUGAACAAGUCUGGAACAACAGGUUUCUUCGCAUGGUGUCGGUGCUUCUCUUCCUCAACAAGAUCGACAUCCUGGCAGAAAAGCUCACAAGGGGUCGCUCCAUCCGGGACUUCAUUGCAAACAGCCCUGUCACGCUUCCUGACUACGAAUCCUUCAUGCCGACCAAUGGAGAAAAAUCAGAAUUCAUGGAGGCGUUUCCAGGCGGAAGUGACGCACCCAGACGCAGAGGGCGCUCUUCGUCUCGCACGGACAUCGACCCGGAAGUGACGAAAACAGCCGUGUACAUCAAACAUCUAUUUAUGAAAAUCGUACGAGGGGAGAUAACCAUGAAGAAAAUGUUGACCCCGCAUGAUAAGGACUGGCACCAGCACCAUUCGUGCGAGUAUUUCUACACAUGCGCAGUGGACACUAAUAAUGUGACCAAAGUUCUAGAAGGCUGCCGAACUCUGAUUAUCCGGAAACAUCUGGAACGAUUUGGAAUCAUCUGAAUGUCGUCUUGAAUGACAAGAUCCACGGAGAACUUCAUCUGGACACGACUGGCAUAAUCUGAAUACAAAGCCAACGAUGAGAUCCAAUACUUGAUCCUUCAUAUCAAAGACUGGGAACAGAGAAAGUGUUUGUCGGUCAGCGUGUCUCAAGACAUAAAAAGGAUUAACUGAAUUCGUUAAAAUUCCGAGGUUGUUUGUAAGGUCGCUGUCCCACGUUCGCAUUUGUCGAUGUGUUUAUACUAUUCGGUGUCCAUGUUUAUGGGAAUGAGUCUUGAACUAAGGUGUGUGAUACUUGUAUUGGUCGCGUGGCUGCCACAAGCUCACCGACAAACAGUUCACGUGCAAUGACAGAUAUUCAGCCUCUGCCGGUCUUUGACAGACUUUAUCAAUGGACGCCGUUGCUGCAUCGUCAAGAAGGCAGCGAACUGUGACUUCCACACACAGAAGGCACAACAACAAAAAGAUGUGAUGUUUGUGUUUUCUUACAGAAUAAAAGACUUGUUAUUGAAAUACUAAAAAGAUGUAUUUAUACUCCAAACAAAGAUUGAAUCUUUUGCAAUUUCUAUAGAAACCAGUACCCACUCUCAUUCAACAUCUAGAUCAGCUGGUGGAAACAUGAUGCGCCAUCCCAGGAUCGAUCUGGCAAUGUCCGUGUUCUAAUCACCCGGCUGUCCUAUUAACUUCCUAAAUGAUGUUUAGAAGGUUCAUUGUUUUCACUGUCAUGCAGCAUAAUUAAAGUCCGCCUGUACA